AUGACAAAUGGGAAUACUGGCGAUAGCAGUAUUGGUGGGAAGCGGAAACGCGAGAUUGAAGUAAUUGUUAUCGAUAACGAUGACGAUGCCGAAGAAGAUGAGCCGGUGAUCAUUUCACCUCCCGGCAACCAGAGCGCUCAACAACAGGCUGAUACUUGCGGGUCGGCGGCAAUCCGACCAAAAACCAGCAGCACAGGAACAUGUGCUCUGUCACAGCAGAAUGCUUCAGCCAACACGGAUGACCAAGCCGCAUCCGCUCAUGCUACGAUGCUAGAGCCGUUUCCGUUCUUUGAAGCGCCUAUUCACACAUCGUCAUCACCUUAUGCACUACCGGUGCAUCCAUCGUACAGCACGCCGUCUAUCUCGAAAGGCGUCAACACUGUCACUCCUCAUGCGAAUGUAGGUUUGCAGUGGGGUAACAGUAAUUUUCCGUUCGGAAUGCCGCCACUGGUAGGAAAUGGACACGGCAGCCCAGUCUACACGACCAAUAUUAUGAGCCCUGGGGCAACGCUAAGCUCCGCACCUGCCAGUGUUGGCACACCGAUGUGGCCAACAACGUCUGGUAUCAGCACAGACUUGGCAAGCACAUUGAGUCUGAAUAAUCUCCACGCGCGCCGGGGUGCCGUAUCUGCGCAGAAUGUGCUCGUUGACUCGUUGGUGGAUCGUUAUCACGAAGUGAACCAGAAUGUGGCAAGCAUGGAGCUACAAGGUGAGCAGUUAACCAGGCAGAUAGCACUUGCAGCGCGCCAAGGACCAUACACCGCAAGACCCAUAAUGGAUUUGCUGAACAAGCUGCAGCCUGCACUAGAAGCUUCGAAGGGUUUGCGAGACAAGCUCCUUAUCGCGAUGAUAGUCCAGUCUGACGACAUCAUGGCUUCUGUUCGUUCUCUCCGCCUCUCAGAACUCGGUGAUGUUCCACAGGUCCCGUCGAUUAGCCACCGUAAAUGUCUGCAGUUGUCAAUUGAGAUUAACCGGCACAAGAAGAAACUCGUGGAGUCGAAUCAACAAAUCAGUGACAUGCUUGCCAAGUCGUACACGGUGACUUCCAGCAUGGAGAAUUCGCUCAUUCAAUCCGCCAGCGCCGAGAUUCAGGUGCAUGAGAGGAACAUCAUGAGGCUAAAGAAAGCUCGCAAUGUGGAGUUCGUGCGAAUUGUUCAAUUCAGUAACAACAUCCGUGAAGCGCUAAAGCAAACGUUUCAGCAGACGGUUGAAGCCCAGCGUCAUCAGCAGCAGAAUUACAGCAAUUCCAGCCGUUUUGAUGGAAACUGA